GUAGCCGAGAACAUUACGCACACUGAUCGCAAAUCAACUAAAUUGUCACAGAAUAAUAGAAGAGUUAACAGCGCGCGAAAUGAUUGAAAAUAACCCGAUAAUUGUUGCACUCACUGCACUUGCCGCAACAUCCUGCCCUUUAACUUUUGCCCCAGUAAAUAUAUGAGCCGCGCGCAUUUCCAGAAUCAACUAGCACAAAACACGACGUUUCAUAAUGUUGAUAAAACUGUUUAUUUGCUUUUUUAUAUUCAAAGUGGUCGUAGCUCAGAUGAAUGGCGAAUUCUGGUGGUUAAAUGAUGAAUUGUUGAAAUUGUAUAAAGUAGAGCCCCCGCAACCUAAAUUUGAAGAUAUUGGAGAAUUCGAUACAGAUGAAAGUGCUAAAAUUGUGUUCAGAGAUGCGUUUGAUGACAUGAAAAAAGAAGAAACAUUAAGUGAUACAACUACAGAAAAGCCGAAAGAUAUUGCAGCUAUUAUUCAUUUCAGGGAUGACAGUAAAUUGAUAAACCAAGUUGAAUUCGUUAAUAAAUCAGAAACAUCUGUAACUCCGAACAACAGAAUUGACACAGUUGGUAAUAUUAAACAAGAAACCAAUAAUUAUAAAGAUGUUUUUAAUUUUGUAUUCCCGGAUGAAGCGGCAUCAUAUAAAACUGACAAAAAUAAAAACGACAACCAAGCACAUGCAUCAAAAUCAGAAAGUUUUGUGAAGGAUAAUGUUAACAAAAGUGAAAAUUUUAACAAUAGAAUACUUAUUAAUACUGAAGAAGGCGUCUUAUUGUCGGAAAACAUUUGUACUUACAUGAAGGAAUCUGAAUGUAGUCACUGCAAUGGUUUUCCUUAUACAACAGAAAAGCAAUUAAACUUUUUAAAAUCUGCAAUAAAUGCCGAAAAUGUUUGCUGCAUACUGCCAUUAACCAAACCGAAAUCGUCAAAAAUAAGAUUCCCCGGUAAUUACAACUAUAAUCGAAUAAAACGUUCCAAUAACAACAACAUGAGUCUAGCGUUAAAACAGAGAAAAAAUCUUAUGGAAAAAAAAUACGGAACACAAACAAUUUCUACAGUCACACAGAAAAUCGUAACUCCAGAAGAUGAAUAUAUUGAUCCAUAUAUAAAUAUAAAAAACACAUAUUUUAAACCAAAAGAUUAUGAAACUGAAAGUGCUCAGCAAGAAAAUAGCGAUUACAUUUUCAAUGAUUAUUAUGCAGCAGAAUUACCAAAACCAAGUUUAGUUGGACUGUAUUCCGACCAUAGUCCUCCAGAUUGGUCGUUUGUAUAUCCAAAUAAAGGAUCUUCUUAUAAUGAUGAAAGUGUCGAAGAAGAAAUACCAUCAUUUGGAUACUCAACAAUUGAUCCUAGACAAGCAGGUUCCUCAGCGUUCCUUCCAAACUUAAAACCUAGACUUUUAAAACUUUCUACGGGCUCAGAUAGAAUGCUUAAUUCAGAAAGUCAAACAGUUAGUUAUCAUUCAAAUCCUGAUUUUCAAGUUCUGCAAGGAUUUAAACUUUUGUAUUUAAAGAAUAAAAUGAAACCUGUUCGUACUUUGAGAAGAACUACAACUUCAGAAAGUCUUGCAGAUAGUGGCGAGAAAAUGUUACAAUCGGAAUCCAGUAUAGACGAGGACUACGACGACUAUACUGAAGUAAUGGAGCCAUUGUUCAAGAAUUGCGGAAGAACAAAGGAUAAUGACAUUUAUAACUGUGAUAGUACACUGGGUGAAUCAACAAAAGGGGCACAUCCGUGGCUAUUGCUCGUCACGCUCAGCAAACGACGACAGAGCAUACUCUGCUACGCAACGCUGAUACAUCCUCGAGCGGCAGUUACCACCGCUGACUGUACUUAUGAAAUGAAAGGUGAAAUCACUAUAGUGGCUGGAGCAUGGGACCUUAGAGAAGAAAAGCGUGAACAUUUGCAGUACCGCAAGCCGUUAGUCCGCGCGCAUCAGCAAUAUACGCCAGGGAAACUAGACUACAACAUUGCUUUGCUCUACUGGAGACGUCCAUUACGAUUGGAUUCCCACGUCCAGCCGGCGUGCUUGUCUGAUGAUACCGCUAACGACUGCAUCUUCGUUGGCUGGGGCGGAUAUGAUCAAGCUGUUCGACAGCGACCACGUUGGCAACGAGCAUCAAUUUUGUCUUCUCAAGAUUGUGCCGAAAAAAUGUCAAACGAACAAGAAUUUGAUCUUCCAAUAGACACGUUUUGUGCUUCAGUCGAUUCCAAGACUACUGUUACGGGGCCCGGCGGACCACUUCUAUGUAGAACAAACAACAUAUUCUCUUUAGUGGGUUUGUCUGUGUGGCGAAAUCACGUCGUUGUACUGACAAGGUCCCGGGAGUGGGCAAUACGCGCUAUGGCAUCUUUGAGAAAUAACUAAAGCGAUAUAACUAUGAAGACAGAAGAUAGUAAAGUGGAAAUAUUUCCAAGUCACGUGUAAUAAAUUUGAUAUUGGAGGCAAAGCUUUACCUUAUUUCACCUUCAGGAUGGGUAGGGGAGAUGGCAGGAAUAGACAUGUGAAAUUAUGAGCCACUUUAUAAUUCUAUAAGAUUUGCAAUAAACAGAUAUAUAAUCUAUACCUCUAUACUAUUGCAAUAAAGCGUAAA